CUCAAAUCUCAGCUGACAUCUCUCUUUCUCACACAGCCAUGGUUUCUACAACACGUGCUCGUGAAGCAGCUUGUGCUGCCACGGCUCUCGUCUCCGCGAAUUCUCAAAAGCCUAAGCUUUCAACGAUAAUGGCGUCGCCCACUCCCAAUUCCACCUCUUUCAUAAAAGCCCCAAAAAUCGACGCAACUCAAUCGCUCAAAGAGUUCAACAACAUGCUCCAAACGCAGCCGCCGCCGCCCAUUUCAUCAUUCAAUGCGCCGCUUGCAGCGGUUGCCAGAGCCAAGAAACAUCAAGAUGUGAUUUUUAUGUUCAACCAGAUGGCGGGAGCUGAUUUGUUCCCUGAUUACAUCGGUAUGCAUAUCUUGCUCAAUUGCUAUUGUGAUUCGAGAAGAGCUGGUCUAGGUUUUGCUGUAAUGGGCGUGAUUUUGAAGAAGGGUUUUAAUCCAAACAUUGUUACAUUCACUUCCUUGAUUAAGGGUUUGUGCAUUGAAGAUAGAGUAGGUGAUGCCUUAUCUCUGUUGAGGAAGAUAAUUGCAAUGGGUUUUUACCCUAAUGUGAAAACUUGGGGCACUUUGGUUAAUGGGUUGUGUAGGAGUGGGAAUGUGGGGAUUGCUCUAAGGGUGCAUCGAGAGAUUAGGGAUGGAGAUGUUGGGUGUGGUUUGAGGUUUAAUCCCAAUUUGAUUUACUAUUGUUGUCUUCUUGAUGGCCUUGCGAAAGAGGGGCUUCUGGAGGAGGCGAAAGAAUUGUUUGCUGAGAUGGAGGGGAGGGGGAUUUCGGCUGAUGUGGUAGCAUUUGGCACGUUGAUUGACGGUUUGUGCAAGAUUGGAGAUUGGGAGGGGGCAAAGGGGUUGUUCUUCCAGAUGAUGGAUAGAGGGAUCCGUCCAAAUGUUGUGACGUUUAAUAUGCUGAUUUAUGCGCUUUGCAGGGAGGGUAAAACUGACGAGGCGAGGGGGAUGUUGGAUUUCAUGGUAGAGCGGGGCGAGGAGCCGGAUGUUAUAACGUAUAACACUUUGUUGGAUGGGUACUGUCACGAGGGUAGGCUUGAUGAUGCGAGAGGCUUGUUUGUUGUGAUUAGAAAUAAGGGCAAACGAAUGGAGGUUACCACUUACAAUGUGUUGAUUAAUGGUUAUCGGAAGCAUCACAAAUUGGAAGAGGCAAUGGCCCUUUUCAGAGAUAUGCUUAGUGAAGAUCAUAAACCGACGGUUGUUACUUUUAACAUUUUGUUAGUUGGUCUAUUUGAAGUGGGGAACAUUGUGGGCGCACGAGAUCUUUAUUCGAAGAUGGAAGGUCAUGGCGUGGCACCAGUCUCUGCAACCUAUAAUAUAUUACUGGAUGGUUUCUGCAAAAAUGAUUCACUUGGGGAGGCAAUAGAGCUGUUCCAAUCUCUCGAAAAGUCUGGCUAUAAGCUUAAUAGUCAUGCUUGUAACUGCCUACUUGACGGGCUCUGCAAGGCAGGAAAGCUCGAUGAGGCUUGCGAGCUAUUUGAGAGACUCCCGGAUAUGGGAUUAGCACCAACACCUUAUACUUACUCGAUCAUGAUAAAUGGGUUUUGCAAGAAUGGUCAGUUAGAGAAGGCAAAAGAUCUAUUUCUUGUCAUUGAAAACAGUGGUUAUGCUUCCGAUGUAGCCAUCUUUAAUACACUUAUGCGAGGAUUCUGCGAUAACAAUGACCCAGCCAACGUGGUCGAUCUUCUUCAGAAAAUGGCCAAUAGAACCCUCUUGCCAGAUUCAUAUACAGCAACUAUAGUUGUGGACUUACUGUCGAAAACUGAAGGUUACUCGGAAUUUCUAAAAUUAAUUCCCAACUUUAGUGACUAGGUCCAGGAGAAGAUGGCAUGUUGAAAAAUAAGUUCCAGCAGUUCACCCUUUUCACACAAUGUCAGCGUUGAAGGUACUGGAUGAAGUACAUUACAAACGAACCAUACCUAUGAAUAUUAUGAAAAUAUAUUGCUUCUGGUCCGUUCCAAAUCAGAAUGGGAGAUGCUCAUCAGCUCAUGUAUGGUUAUUACUGGUGGGAUGGUGAUAUAACAAAGUCCGUUUGCUCAAAAUUUAUAUUGAUCAACUCUUUGGAGUCACAGUUGAUAGGAUUUGCGGGCAUAAAAAUGAAGUCAUUUUUGGCUUCAAGAGUUGAGACAUGUCCUUGAUUGGGAGGAUCAUAAUAUUGUUACUACAGAGGCGAUGAGGUUUCUUGUGGCUAUCAAGUCUCAACCUUGCAUGCUUUCAGUUUUACCAGAAUAGGUGGCUCGAGACUCAUCUCAUCCUUGCUCCGGGGUUGAGACAUCACAAGCUAGGUAGGUCGACAUGGCCUUGUAUCGUAUUAGCACCGUGAGUCUGGAUUCUGAAACAUAAGGAAACAUCAAUGGAUUUGGAUUUGGAUUUGGAUUUGGAUGUUGUGUUGUAUCAUUGGUGGGGUAUGUCAAGUGUGUUUAUGAUGAAAGCAUGGAGAAUGUUGGAGACAUGAUUGUGGAAGUUGGGAAGAUCCAAACAGAUGAAAACGAGAAGCACAAUCAUGUCUUUUGCAAUCAUUCUUGAUUUCCCAGUUUAUGCUGAAAUGUUUGUCCCAGCAAGUUUGCAGGGCUUUGUCCUAAAAUGUGUGUGUGAGAGUGAAAGAGAGAGAUUAUCUAAGAUUCUAAAUAGGGGUGGAUUUGGCUAUGAAUUUUUGUUUAUUGCAGACCAAUUCUUGUAAAGAAUGACUCAAUUUUUUUGUAGCUAACUAUUUCGAUUCUUUUCAAGUA